AUGGAGGUGAAGAAGAUCCAAGCAUUGUCGUUCACGUUCCUGCUUCUCUUUAUUUCAGAAUUCUUGUGUGGAAUAGCAUCGGCAGCCGGAGGUUCAUCCAAGGUGGGGACUGUGAUCGGAAUUGAUCUCGGAACUACGUAUUCUUGUGUGGGAGUGUACAAGAAUGGUAAUGUAGAAAUCAUAGCAAACGACCAAGGCAACAGAAUCACACCCUCCUGGGUUGCCUUCACUGACACCGAGCGUUUAAUUGGAGAGGCCGCGAAGAAUCAAGCCCCUCUCAACGCAGAACGCACGAUUUUCGGCGUCAAGCGGCUUAUUGGGAGAAAGUUUGAUGAUCCAGAGGUGCAGAGAGAUAUUAAGUUUUUACCAUAUAAGGUUGUGAACAAAGAUGGGAAGCCUUAUAUUCAGGUGAAGGUUAAAGGUGAAACAAAGGUGUUUAGCCCUGAGGAAAUCAGUGCUAUGAUAUUGGGUAAGAUGAAGGAAACAGCUGAGGCCUAUUUGGGGAAGAAAAUCAAAGAUGCUGUGGUAACAGUUCCAGCUUAUUUCAAUGAUGCACAGAGGCAGGCUACUAAGGAUGCAGGCAUCAUUGCUGGGCUCAAUGUGGCCCGAAUAAUCAAUGAGCCUACAGCGGCAGCUAUUGCCUAUGGUCUAGACAAGAAAGAAGAGAAGAACAUCUUGGUUUAUGAUCUUGGUGGUGGUACAUUUGAUGUUAGCAUUUUAUCCAUUGAUAAUGGUGUGUUUGAGGUAAGGUCUACAAGUGGAGACACCCACUUGGGAGGUGAGGACUUUGACCAUAGAGUGAUGGACUACUUCAUCAAGUUGAUCAAGAAGAAGUAUAACAAGGAUAUUAGCAAGGAUAACAAGGCUCUCGGGAAGCUUCGAAAGGAAUGUGAGAGAGCUAAGAGAGCCUUGAGUAGCCAGCACCAGGUCCGGGUGGAGAUUGAGUCUCUUUUUGACGGUAUUGAUUUCUCAGAGCCAUUGACAAGGGCUAGAUUUGAGGAGUUGAACAUGGACUUGUUCAAGAAGACCAUGGGGCCAGUGAAGAAGGCUUUAGAAGAUGCAGGCCUCAAGAAAAAAGAUAUUCAUGAGAUCGUGCUCGUUGGUGGGAGUACUCGAAUUCCUAAGGUGCAACAGUUGUUGAAGGACUUCUUUGAUGGGAAAGAACCAAACAAGGGAGUCAAUCCUGAUGAGGCUGUUGCCUUUGGUGCUGCAGUUCAGGGUGGAGUUCUUAGUGGAGAAGGCGGGGAUGAAACCAAAGACCUUCUUUUGCUUGAUGUUGCCCCUUUGAGUCUUGGUAUUGAAACAGCUGGUGGUGUUAUGACAAAAUUGAUUCCAAGGAACACUGUUAUCCCAACUAAGAAGUCUCAGAUCUUUACCACUUAUCAAGACCAGCAAACCACAGUAUCCAUCAAGGUGUAUGAAGGUGAAAGAAGCUUGACGAAGGAUUGUCGCUUGCUUGGAAAGUUCGAUCUCACUGGCAUUGCACCUGCUCCAAGGGGAGUGCCCCAAAUUGAGGUGACCUUUGAGGUUGAUGCAAAUGGCAUCCUACAAGUGAGAGCGGAGGACAAGGCGGCAAAGAGGUCUCAAUCAAUAACGAUUACUAACGACAAGGGGCGUCUGAGCCAGGAGGAGAUAGAGAGGAUGGUGAAGGAGGCUGAGGAAUUUGCAGAAGAGGAUAACAAAGUGAGGGAAAAGAUAGACGCCAGGAACAAGCUUGAGACCUACAUAUACAGCAUGAAGAGCACCAUCAACGACAAGGACAAGCUUGCAGAUAAGAUUGACUCAGAUGACAAGGAGAAGAUUGAAAGCACACUGAAGGAGGCUCUUGAAUGGCUGGAUGACAACCAAAACGCAGACAAGGAUGACUUUGAUGAGAAGCUGAAGGAGGUGGAAGCAGUGUGCAACCCAGUGAUAAAGCAAGUCUAUGAGAAGAGUGGUGGAGCUUCUUCUGCUGAUUCUCAGGAUGAGGACGAACCAAAUGAUGAGUUGUAG